CAGAGAAGAGCAGCCACGUGUGAACAAACGUCAGUGAAGCAGCAGCGGGGCUUAGGGUCGCUGCUGACGGGCUCUCGAUCGAUUGCGCUGAGCUUUGGUCUGUCAGCCGGCUCGGUGCUGUCUCCCAGCUCACGCUUGCACAGCGUGCUUCCCAGUGGUUAUGUGUGGCCUUUGGUCACUGCACUGGACAGAUGGUGGUGGGAAAGAAAGAAUAACCAUGUCAGACAACACGGUGCUCGGAAAGUGAUUCUUGAAGCGACCCUUUAAUCUUUUUUUUCCCCCCACCAGAAGUUGUGAUUUCAGCCUCGGCACUGGGCAGUUAAAUUUUCCCUCCAUCUCAGGAAUGAUGAUGCUGUGGCUAAUGACUGGAACCCUGUGUCUGGGAUUUUCUGUUUCAAUUUUAGCACAUGACCCAGUAGCAACCUUUGAGAUUCCUCCAUGGAAUUUUACAAUGCUGUGCACACUGCACAAACAAGCAGCUGUCGUGAAAGAGAGAACCUGGCAGCUACAGCCACACAGGAAUUCAAGCAGUCGCCACUCUUCGCUUCGCGAGCAUGUGAGAAAUGCAAACACAUCGCAUUCAAAUAACAUCAACCCAAACGGACUGCACAGCCAAGAUGGAUUCAGUUGUUGCCUCUGGAAAGAAGCUGAUUUACAUUGUCCUGCAAAUUUCAUCACAGACCAAAGUAUCAGAAUGAACAUCAAAUGUUGGACUGCUGGAGACCUUUCGCUGUUUGUCUGUAAUUUAAAGCCAAGUGUGUGGAAAAUCAGCAAGUCUGUAAAAUAUAGAAUACACCACCUGGAUGUGUUAUCUUUUGACCAGGAGGAAGGCAAUUUGUCAAUGUAUAUGAAUGACUGCGUGCAACAUCACAUAAUUAAGUGUACAAUAUCUUCCGUUGAUUUAAAUCGCAAGUAUUUCAUUUGGAUAGAACUGAUCACAAAUUCUGGAACUUUCCGGUCACCUUUGAUGUCUGUCACCCCUAUUAAUGUAGUUCAGACAAAUCCUCCAGUAGAUCUUCAAACUAAAAUGACAUCUGAAGGCUUCUUCAAACUAAGUUGGACAGGUCCAAAUCCUGAACCUUAUCCGGUCCAGUUUGAAGUAAAAUAUUCAACAGGCAUUCCAGAAAGAAUCUGGAAGGUUAAGGAUGUCUGGGAAAAUUCUUUGAUCCUUCGUGAUUUGCAGAGUGACCUUUCUUACUUAGUUGUUGUUCGCUGCAAACGUCGCAAUGGACCAGGGUUUUGGAGUGAUUGGAGUGAACCUAUUCAGGUGGAUGUUCAAGAAAUUACAUAUUACCCUCCUCAAGUGCUGACCACUGUUGGCUCGGAUGUUACAGUGAGGUGUGUUUUUUAUAAUCAGACUCUAACCACUAACAAUGUCGUCUGGUGGUUAAAUAUGAAUGAAAAAAUUCCAGACCAUCAAUAUACAUUAAUCAAUGAUCAUGAAACCAGUGUUACUCUCCUCAACGUAACAUCAAAUGGACAAUCCCAGUGCAACUUGCUACAGUGUUGCCUUCAAAAUGAAGAAAGGAAUAUAUGUAACUUUCGUUAUGCUGAAAUAAUCGUAAUUGAUAUGAAAAGUAACAUCUCAUGUGAGACUAAUGGUGCAAUGGAAACAAUGAUCUGUAGAUGGCUCCCAAGAACAUUGAAAACAGGCACAGUCAGCAACUACAAACUAAAGUAUUACAUGAAAGGGUCUUGGUGUGAUAACCUACAAGUUGAAGAUGAAAAUGUUGAUAUUAAAGAAUGCCCUCUGGUGAUUAAUGAAUUUUAUGAAUGUCAUAUAAAGCCCAUCAAUCUCACCUUUGGCCAUGUGAUGUGGUUAGAAUUUAACCAUCAAGAAACAACAUUCAAAUCUCCACCAACCUGUGUAAUUCCUAUGGAUGUAGUGAAACCUUGGGCACCAUUUAAUGUUGAUGCAGAAAUCACCCAAAAUGAAGGGCGUCUCAAUAUAAGCUGGGAGAAGCCGCGCCUGCCACCAUACAAACUUCAGUUUGAAAUCCAGUACGCCGAGAAUGAAAUGGAAGGUAACUGGAAGACUUUAUUUGCUGUCAAUAAAACAUCAAUCAUUACUGAAGUAACUGAUCCUUGUGUUACAUAUGUGGUUCGGGUACGUUGUUUGAGAUUUGAAGGACCUGGAUACCACAGUGAAUGGAGCAGUUUAGUGUACACAAACCUUGCAGAUAUCCAAGUACCAACAACAGGGCCUGAUUUUUGGAGAUUUAUAGACAGGAAUCCUUUGACUAAGGAUACACACGUCACACUAGAAUGGAAGCCUCUGACAAAAGAUGAAGCCUUAUGCAGUGUGAAAGGAUUUAUGUUGAAAUACGAAUCAACAGAAAAUAUUACCUGGCUGGAACAUGCUGGAAAUGUUACAACUUACAGCUUUCUUCUUAAUAAUGAAAUUAGAAGUGUCACAGUGAUUGCUUUCAAUUCCAUUGGUUCAUCUAGAAAAAAUGUUAAACUAAUUUUCCCAAAGGACAAUAGCAAAGCAGUAGAGGUUCUACGAUCUCUUCACGCCUCCAUGAUCAACAACAGCUGUGUGAUUGUUUCUUGGAGCAUGUUUCCCCUGAAUCCCGAACCGACAUCAUUUGUGAUAGAAUGGAAAAGCCUGCCAAAUAAUGAUGAUGGGAAGGUGAAGUGGAUGAGAGCUGCUGCAAACAUCACAACCGCAUAUAUUUUUGACCAUUUUUCUCCAUCUCAACAGUACCAACUGACAGUAUAUCCAAUUUUCUCUGAAGGGGAAGGACAGCCAAGCAGUUUUUAUUUGACAAUGAAUGGAGAGGUGGCAAAGACCAACAAUGAUGGAUUGCAGAAUGUUAUCUUACCACUUGUAUUUUUGUCGUCGGUUUUAUUGAUUGGAACUUUCCUAAUAUCUAAGCACAGAUUAAGACAUCGUGUCUGGAAAGAGGUCCCCAAUCCUAACAAGUGCUCUUGGGCUCAAGAAAUUGAUUUUAAAAAGUCUCUCACUAAUGGAAACCUAUUUGGGAAACACCAUCAAGGUGUGAUGCCUGCUGUCCCACUCCUUGUAGAAUCAGAAAUAUUUUCUGUGGCCGUUGUGGAAGAGAUUAUAGAAUAUAAAGAAGAAAAAGAUGUAAUUGAUGAGAAUUCUGUCAAUGAAAUAGUUUCAGAGCUACAUCCAGACACACCUAGAGUUCACAUGCUUUAUGAAAGUGAAGAUUCACAUGAUGAAGUGGAAGGUGAUGUGGAAACCACUUAUGCACAGAACACAGACCUGUCGAACUUUGACUAUUCAAAGAUAAUGAUAAGUGUAGAAGCAGAUACCCUUCGCAAAAAGCGGAAGUGUAUGAGCAGCAAUUCAGAUGAAGGCAUGUAUUCAGAUAAUGAAACUGAUGCUUCAGGUAAUGAGGCUAACAAUCUGUGGGAACUUGAAAACCAGACUUUCCUGCAGCUAACACAAACUGAUGAAACCAAGUCACAUUCUAUUAAUUCAUCAGAGGGCUUUUCUGAACUUCAGGACCAAGAAAACAAAGUCCUACAUAAUGGAAAUGAAGAAAUGGAUUUUUGCUACUUAGGGCAGUCAUCAUUUGAGAACAAUAUAAACAAUAACACCACAAGAUACAAUCCCGAAGAAUUGCCAUUUCUGAAAAAUUAUUUACCAGUGGAGUUUGAGGAUCCUUCUGAAACGUAUUCAAUAUCUUACCUGGAUUCAUUUCUGAAAUUCAGCCUUAAUGAAGAUCAUUCUUCUCCGAUGAAUCUCAGCUCAUAUAUGCCUCAAUUUCAAACAAAAACACACAACCACUCAAAAAUAACUAAUACAGAUGAUCAAGUAUCAUCUAAUCAUCUUAAUGGUUUUUCUGCAGUUGACUGAAGGUUUUGUCUUUAUCAAAAUUGUAUUGUAUACAUUGUUUGUGCUCUCUCUCUUUUAAAUCCAUUCCAAACCCAGAAUGUAUGUUAUCUGAAGUAUUGACCUUCCUAUUUGUGCUAAAGACUUCAUACUUGCUUUGUUUUUCAUUUGUGAAACCUGAAAGUGUGCGAUGACACAAUGCAACAAAUUCAGUAAAAAGUCAGAGAAGGUUAGAUAAAUCAGCAAAUAUUGAUGAAGUAGAGUCAAAACUUCAAAAUUUGCAGGAGGUAAGUUCCAUUGUUUCAAAAUGACUAAUUAUAAAGCAAAAUGUUGAAACUAGUCUUGGUAAUUAGAUAGGCUGCAGGAAGGAGAAAACAUAUUUAGGAUGACAAAUUUGAAUUUGACAGCAAAGUUUGGAGGAUGAAGGACAAUAGAAGGAUCAACAAAUUCAGAGACAAGAAAGCCUGUAGUCUAAAUGCUAUCAAAAUAUUCCUUCUCUUGGUCACCUCAGUCCUUUGAACACGGUCUGACUAAAAUAAAUUAAAUACUAUUAUUUUCAUAAGUGCAUUAUUACAGUGUAUAGAAUUGUGUACUUAAUUAUCAAACAGUAAAAUAAAUUCUGAUUAUCAUUUCUAACGGAAUCAUCUGGUACAGAAAUGGAGACUACUGUCCAUGCAUUCACCACCUUUUAAUACAUAGAAUUAGUGUGAAAAAAAUCAGUUCAUAUAAUUUACAAAUGUAAGCACUUUUCAAUUUGUUUUUAUUCAAUAGACAACAAUUACUAUUAAAUUAAUUGCAACAAGUGCCUUAGCACGUGUGUUUUCUUUUAAUUUUUUAGUUUUCUCCUUCUUAGAUCCUGUUUUGAAACCAAGACUAAUUCAAUAUUAGAUUUUUUUAAUGCCUUGAUUCAAACUUAAAGUGAGCCUUGAGAGAUUUGGCCAGUGUUAGUGUACUUUUGAAUGAGAAGGGAAGAAGUAGUUAAGAUUCCUACCUUGACUACUCUUCAGUGUCACUAGAAAGUGCCUCUGCACAGGGAGAAGAGAUCAGAUUUGACUUUGAUUCUCAUUUGAUUAAAUACAUUGCUCUAUAGUCUGAGUGCAGCCAAAUAUGAAAAUUUGCCUUUAAAUCAACCUACCGAUGAUCGGCAAUCAACUGUGGAAUUGAACUGCACCACUAAUCAGUGUCUUUAGUGUUCUCAAGAAAAAGGAGAAUUGAGAAAAAGCCUGCUUAGUAAACAGAUGUAAGUCAACUGUGGUAUCAAUAAUUGGAGAACAAAGGGAAAGGAGAAAGGUUCUAGUUUUAAAACUGAAAGAAUUGUGAAUUCUGGAAAUCUGAAAUAAAAGCAGAAAUUGCUGGAAAAUCUCAGCAAG